AUGAGUAAAUUUCGUUCCAAACUAAAGAGAAAAGAUGGUUCAAAGCGUUGGAAGAAAGGAAGUGCUUCUUCGUCCAAUCCUCAAGAGAGUAAGCACCGUGCUAAGGCAAAAAGCCGGUUCUUCCAAACAAACCUAAGCCUCGCUCCGGCCGGCGAAUCGGCAAACCAGAAAAGCAAAUUAACACUCGAAGCUGUGCUGAAACAUGAAGCCAUCCAGUCGUAUGGUAGUGGAGGCGCGGGCAAAGCGAAACCACCAACAGUGAACGAUAUUGCGGCCAGUAUCAAAUCGUUCAGCAUGAAAGAUGGCGACGAUGAGCUGAUGUCCGAUUCACAGCCGGGCACGUUCAAAACGUUCCAAACGUUCGCCUCGAACUGGAGUGCCUGCUCCAACAUGAGCUUCAAGAAAUUAUUGACAAACUUCCGUGCCGAUUCUCAGCUGCAGAAAGAUAUGCUCGCUAUAUUGGCCGCCCUUACGGAAGUCAUCAAGGAGCAUUCCGGUACCCAAAGCAGUACGGAAUACUUUCUCGCACUCAUGGAAACGAUAGAGGCAGCCAAGGAGGAAAAUGACAUCAAUGCCGCCGUUUCACUGCUUGCGAUGGGUAUCAAAUCGGUUCCCCAGGCCGUAUUACGGCGUAAGUUUUCGGACACAGCACAGACACUGCUCGCUCUGCUGGAAAGAUACACCGAAACGGAUAACCAUGCAAUGGUGCGUAAUCUGAUCGGAUGCAUUUCGGUAAUGUUACGGGCGCAAGCAUACGAUCAGUGGAAGAUGUCUUCGACGGUGAAAUUUUUCGACGCCAUACUAGCAUUUACGACACACACCAAACCGAAACUACGUAAAGCGGCACAACACGGUGUAGUGGCUGUAAUUCAUGGUAGUUGUUUUAUGCUUCCGCCCAAGCAAGAAGCUGAUGAGCAACAGGAGGAACGAGGUGAUGGUGACAAGCCAGUACAGAAGGCCAAUCUUGUAAAGCAUCAUCCAGCGGGGGGUCGUGUGGCACGGUUUUGCAUUGGACAGUUUAAGCCGGAGAACAUUGCCAACAACCAAACGGUUAUUUUGCACACACUGGGACUGCUGCACAACGCCCUGCCCGGAUUUAAUAAGGACGACAUCAAGCUGGUAUCGGAAAGUUUGCUAUCGAUCAUGACGGCCACAAAUGUAUUGAUUCGUACGAAUUGCUUCCAAACUUUCCACUCACUGUUUACGUCCAAGACGGAAAACCUUACCCCAAUGUUGGCGGGCAAACUACUUUCCGCACUGUACGAUUACCGACCGGAUCGGUCCGAUUCACGGCAAACCAUUGCCUGGUUGACGGUGCUGAAGGAAGGACACCUAUUUCUGGCCAAGUACGAUCUCCUGCUCUGCAGCACAGCACUGCCAAAGUUCGUACAGGUCUGUACUCAGGAUUUCUGGUCCUCCGAAACGUUGGAUGUAGUAUCGGCCGCUUCCAACGCGCUAAAGGAUAUACUGUACGAGUGCGUACAGCCUUGCUGUGCUGAUCCAGACGAGGUCGAGAAACAUCGUCCUUCGAUCGAGAAGAUACUGAAGUACAUCAUUGACGUACUCUGCACGGCUCCGUUCGGUCAUGCGUCCAAGCAAGUCUUGAUCAUAUUGGCUAUAGCGUUCGAUACUACCGGACGAUAUUUUGGGGCAACUCUGGCACCCGCCCUAACUACGCUCGGUACACGGUACGAUCCACAGUCGUCGACACGCUUACAGAUCGAGCAUGCCGUGCUGCAGGCAGUAGGCUCCAUGGAAACCAGCUUAGUGCUGCAAUGCAUUCCGCUCGCCGGUGAGGAUGGUAAGAUCGAUCUUGAUCGUACCUGGAUGUUGCCGUUAUUGCGCGAAGGCCUACAACACUCUAGCUUCGAACUGUUCAACAGUGUUAUUUUGAAACUGGCCUACCAAUGCUACAUGCUGUGGCAAAAGUUUAAAGAAACGGACAACAAGCACCAAGCGCACAUUUUCGAACUAUUGUGCUGUCAACUUUGGGGCCUAUUUCCGGGUUUCUGUCGCAAACCAAAAGACGUGUCCAACUUCCGGUUGAUUGCGAAAACGCUCGGCACGGUGCUGAACGAAAAUCCCGAUCUGCGUGCUCCCAUUUUGGAUGGUUUAAAGGAGCUAAUAACACACCUCGAGACACCUGCCGAUCGGGAAGAGAUUGCACGGUUUGCAAAAAAUUUUCUACCCCGUUUGUUUAACAUCUACACAACGAAACCGAAUGGCAGCUACGAAAACGAGGUACGGCAAACCGCUUUCGAAACGAUUCAAGCGUACCUUUCCAUCACACCCACCCCGGUACUGGACGAGAUGUUUAAUGUGGCAUUGCAGCAGCUGCAAGAAAAGGCACCGGGAACCUUUAUCUACGAUACGCUGUUUGAUAUCGUUGAACAGCUGGCCCUGUACCAGACGAAGGAUAAGCUGGUCGAAAUUUACAACAAGUACAUUACGGUCAUACUGAAGCAGGACAGGAAACAGGAAACGGUCGCGAAAAAGAGUGCGAACGUAAGACGCCAGAUGAAGAAAGCGUUUAAAUUGUUGCGCGAAAUUUUGGCCUCUGAAAAUGAAGGUUGCGUUGGAUUUGUGGAGGCUAAGCUGGGCAAUGUGGAAAAGUUGCUGUUAGGUACGAUGCGAACGACGUACGAGGGUAUUCAGGCGCCACGAUUAGAAUGCUUGAAGCUGAUACUGGAAAAACAGGCGUCGGUUGUGCUGGAAAGUAAGCUGCUAACGCGCACACUAUCGGAAGUGGUCGCUACAUAUCAUUUGGAAGACAUUAAGAAGCAAAAUAUUGGUGCCGAGUUGCUGGAAAAGAUUGGUGAAAUGUUUGAUAAUGAGGAAAAAAUCAACGAUUUUAUCGAUCUUAUCAUCGCUGGCUUUAUGGGCGACAGUCAGCUGAUCACCAAUACGAUCGGUGUGCUGCGUACCGUGCUGGAAAAGUUUACCGGUUCGUUGUCGAUCGAUUCGCUCAAAUUUAUGCUAGAUCAGGUACUCACUUUUCUGAUCGGUAAAACGCGAGUUGAGGUUGAUGCGGCGCUGCAUUUCUUGCACGUGUAUACCAAAAUUCUUCCAAUCCCGCUCGUGAUCAACUAUCUUUCGCUGAUUGUAAACUCUCUUUCGGCGAUGGUUCCGGACACUAGGCGACAUUGCCGGCUGUUGCUAGGCUACAUCUGGAAGAAGUUGUGCAAGCGGUUCGGUGCGCAGGAAGUCAUACAGCUCGUACCGGGCAAUGAUGAGGAAACGCACAAGCGAUUGAAGAAAAUCCGCAAGGAUCUAGGACGGGCGAAACGCAACAUGCAGGAGCGUGGAGGCAAGGACGCUGCAGAGGAGGAGGAGGAUGAUGAACCGGACUUUGCGAAUGAACUGCAGAAGAAGAGCUUAACGAUCGAUGAUAUCCUUGCGGACUCUGACUCCGAUUCUGGGGUGGAAGAUGAGCGCAAGGGUCGAAAGAAGAAGGGCAUGGAUACGUACAUCAAGGAAACGGAAGACAGCAUCGUUGAUUUGGCCGAUUUGGAUGCGAUUGGAAAAAUUACAACCAACGAACCUAUGGAUGUGUCUAGCAAGAAUCAACCGCGUGCCGGUACCAGCAAACAGCGAAAGGAUGAAAACCGUGGCUUUAAAACAGCUGCCGACGGGCGGCUCAUUAUCAAGGACGUUGAGGACUAUUCCGAUUCCGACGAGGAUCCGGAUGAGGCAGUUGGGUACGUGGAUAAGUCGAAAAAGCGUAUCUAUGACGAGGACGAUAGCGACGAUAGUCAGGCCGAACGUGACGAACCGAACCCGGAAGACGAUGGACCUUCGUCGCGGAAGCGGAAGGCGCUCGAUGUGCUCAGCGCACGGUCGGGCAUGUCUGGCACGUCGAAUCGAUAUGUGGCCGGUGGUAAGGGUAUCCAUCGACCGGUCGCUUCCUCGGUAAAGUCCGGGUACAGUAGCAAAACUAACCGUACGGCCAAAUCGAACGCCUCAACCGGAGCAGAAUAUCGCGCAAAGAAAGCAGCUGGUGAUAUGCUUAAGAAGGGCAAACACGAACCGUAUGCUUACGUACCGCUUAGCCGCAAUUCGCUCAACCGAAGGAAACGCGCGAAAAAUGCUGGACAGUUCAAGAGCAUUGUAAAAAGUGCAAGGAAAGGAGCAGCUGCAGGAUCGAAGAAACGAUUGCUUAAAGCUGGCACGAAGCGAAAGUAACG